ACCUGUUAGCCGUCAGUCGUUAAAGCCGCAGAAAUGGAAACGAAGACGGCGCCGCUUAAACGGUAUAUCUGCUCGUUCACCGGCUGCUCGGCGGCUUAUAACAAACAGUGGAAACUGGACGCUCACCUGUGUAAACACACGGGAGUGAAGCCGCACACCUGCGAGCGCGACGGCUGCGGUAAGUCGUUCUGCUCUCCCUACCACCUGGCGCGACAUGCACUCAUUCACAGCGGCGAGAAGCCCUUUCAGUGCACCGAGGAAGGCUGUAAAGAGUCCUUCACCACCAACACAAACCGGGCCAGACACAUCAGCCGCAGACACGCACAGGAGCAGAAGAAGUAUGUUUGCAAACUUGAGGGCUGUGGGCUGGAGUUCAAGAAGAACAAGCAGCUCAAGUCCCAUAUGUGUGAGCAGCACACCCAGCUGCCCCCUUACAAGUGCACUUAUGAAGGCUGCCAGAUGCGAUUCACAGUCCCAAGCAAACUGAAGCGACACGAGAAGGUGCACAGAGGGUACCCCUGCAAGGAGGAGGGCUGCAGCUUCACAGGAAAGACCUGGACCGAGUACCUGAAGCACAGGAAGGAGCAGCACAGGCGCACUCUGAAGUGUGACCAGUGUAGCAAGGUUUUCAAGGACUCCUGGUUCCUGCAGCAGCAUCAGCACAUCCACUCUGAGACGCGGGUGGUCCUCAAGUGCCCCAGGGAUGACUGUGACCGGUCAUUCACCACGAUCUUCAACCUGCAGAGCCACAUCAGCUCCUUCCACGAGGAGCUUCGGCCCUUCGUCUGCACCCACGCAGGCUGUGGGAAGACUUUCUCCAUGAGGCAGAGCCUGCAGCGUCACAGCAUAGCCCAUGACCCGGAGAAGAAGAGGAUAAGGAAGCCUAAACCUAAAAGAUCUCUGGCUUCCAGGUUAAGUGGUUAUAGUGAAACAAAGAGAGUGGUCUUCAAAAAGCGCAGGCAGCCUGACUCCCUCAGAGAAUCUGCUGCUCAGAACAAGACUGAUCCACCUGGUCCUGUUGAGUUGGUGUCCCUCCUGCAGGACACGUCCUUGCUGUGCAGCCCUGCUGUGGACACGCAUGAACUUACUAAUGUCCUGACAUCACCUCUGACAGUGUAGACUCAAGCGAUGGGAAAACAUUUAUGAUUUAUCAUCUAACUUGGUUGUUGGAGGGCUUUGUUUGCAUUAAUUAAGUCCACCACUGUUAAUUGUUUUCCUUAUUUUGGAUAUAAACUGGUGACAGUUUAGUUGUUGUUGUUUUUAGGUUCCAGAGAUAAUUUAUUUCUGAAAAUAAAUCCUGAAUGAAGCACAGCAAGAAAUUGUUCCUUGGAACUAAACCUGUUCCGUCCGUCUCGCCGUCGUCCACUGCAGUUUCUGUCUAAAAGAUUUUUGGGGGAUUUUUCUGGAGCCAUUAAAUCUCUGUGUGAUUUAUUUCUAAGAAAAUAUUUUGUCCAUGUUGCUCAGUUAACACCAGUAAAUCUAAUCUGUAUUAUAAAAUGUCAGACGGUGUUUGUUUGAAUAAAACCUGUUGAUGGAUUUA